AUGAGUGGGUCCGGGUUAACUGUUACUCCGCCCAGAUUUCACUUCCGAUGGCGUUCAGAUCGUUUUGGUACAUCUCAGAGAAGCUCACAAGCUUCUACUGUUCCUGGCCAACUGAAUCGUCGAAAUGCCGCUUGGCCUGUUCGUCAAAGGGCUUGUUUGGCACUUCCUACACAAAGAAGAAAUGCUAUGAUUGUCCGUGCCUUUGGUGAUAUGGCAGACGAUUCAACUGGUUCAGCUGUUUUUCCUCGGAUCAAUGUGAAAGACCCAUAUAAACGGCUUGGGAUAAGCCGGAUGGCAUCAGAGGAUGAGAUUCAAGGCGCGAGGAACUUUCUUAUUCAGCAGUACGCAGGUCACAAGCCUAGUGUUGACGCAAUCGAAUCAGCUCAUGACAAGAUUAUCAUGCAGAAGUUCCAUGAGAGGAAAAACCCAAAGAUCGACAUAAAGAAGAAGGUCCGAGAAGUGAGGCAGUCCAAAGUUGUAAACUUUGUGUUCGAGAGAUUCCAAACUCCUCCCACUGCUUUCCUUGUCAAAACGGCAGUCACGUUUGCAGUUCUCGGCGCUUUAACGGUUCUCUUCCCUACAGAAGAAGGACCGACUUUUCAGGUUUUGUUAUCAGUAAUCGCUACGUUUUACUUCAUCCACCAAAGGCUGAAGAAGAAGCUCUGGUCUUUCCUUUACGGGACUGGAUCUUUCAUCUUCUCGUGGCUGCUUGGGACCUUCUUGAUGGUGUCUGUGGUCCCGCCGUUCAUCAAAGGACCAAGAGGUUUCGAAGUCAUGUCUUCGCUCUUAAGCUACGUUUUGCUUUGGGUGGCUUCGAGCUACCUAAGGUAG